AUGGAGAAAAUUGAAGAAGCAAAUCUUAAUGAUCUGGGCUAUAUCGAGUGUCCUUUUACCUGGACAAACAGAAGAACUGGUAUUCACCUUACUGAACAAAUAUUGGAUAGAGGGCUGGCUAAUGAAGCCUGGCUUGAAAUACACCCAAAUACCAUUAUAUCCAAUCUCCCUUCCAUUGGCUCUGAUCACAACCCAAUCUUUCUCAAUAACAAACCCAAUUGGAAGCAAGGUCAAAUCCCAUUCAAAUUUUUUGGCCCCUGGCUUAAUCACCAAGACUGCAAAGACAUCAUUACAGAAUGUUGGAGUACUCAUCACAAAGGAUCUCUUGCUAUAAAGAUUACUAGGAAAUUAAGAGAUAUCAAAGCUAAGUUAAAAAAGUGGAACAAGGAGGUCUAUGGCAACAUCAAAACUAAUCUAGAAGCUAGCAUACACCACCUGGACUGGAUUACCAAAAAUCAGUUUAACAGCAAAAGAGGCAAGGAAAUAAGAGAAGCUAAAAGGAAAGUUGAACACUGGCUGAAUAUUCAAGAAAAAUUGUGGAAGACCAAAAGCAGAGAUCAACUUAUCAAACUUGGAGAUAAGAAUACUAGCUUCUUCCACUUAUCAUCCAAGAAAAGGUACAGAAGAAAUAAAAUUGACUCUAUUCAACAAGCUGAUGGCUCCUGGUUUCACAACAAAGAGGAAGUUGCUGACUGUUUCGCCAAUCACUUUGCUACUAUGUCCACUGCUGAACACAUAAACAUAAAUCCAUCUCUCAUAAACCUCAUACCCACCACCAUCACCACUAUUGAAAAUGAUGAUCUCCUUAAGAUUCUUGAAGCUGAGGAGAUCAAAAACAUUCUUUUUAGCAUGGCUGGUGACAAAGCCCAGGACCCAAUGGUUUUCCACCCAACUUCUUCCAAGCAAACUAGGAUGUUACAAAUAUCUGACAACAUAGCUAUUGCCCAUGAGAUUAUUCAUCACAUGAAUACUAGAAGAGGAAAAAAAGGAGCUAAUGGCACCAUGCGAAUCAAAAUUGAUAUGGCCAAGGCUUUUGACAGAGUUAAUUGGGAAUUACUUAUGCAAGUCAUGCAACAAAUGAGAUUCAGCACUGAAUGGUGCAAUCUGGUUCAUCAAUGCAUAUCCAUCACCACCAUGGCUGUCUUGGUGAAUGGUUCUCCUGGAAAGUUCUUUAAACCAACUAGAUGUCUCAGGCAAGGAGAUCCAUUAUCUCCUUAUUUAUUUUUGUUAUGCAUGGAAGCCUUAUCUAGAUAUUUGAAUGCUGCUGAAGCUGAGGGUCUUAUUCAUGGAACCAAAAUCUGCAGUGAAGCACCUAAUAUCAAUCACCUCCUCUUUGAUGAUGAUUGUAUGAUUUUUUGCAAAGCUAAUUUGGAAGAAUGUAACAAUUUAAUCAAGAUUUUUCAAGACUUUGGGCAUUCCUCAGGACAGCUCAUAAACUUCUCCAAAUAUGGUAUAUUCUUCACUAAGAAUACUGAUCCUAGCAUUGCUGACAGCAUUAGUGAUACUAUGAAAGUACAAAUAAUUGAUACUUAUGACAAGUACCUGGGGUACCCCCUCUUCACCAACAGAAGCAAGAUUCAAGCUUUCAAACCUGGUGUGGACAAACUGAAACUCAGACUGGCAGGUUGGAAAUCUACUCUAUCUAAAGCUGGCAAAGUCAUUAUGAUCAAAACAGUUACCUCAACAUCUAGCAUUUAUCAAAUGAAUUGCUUCAAACUCCCAAAAGGUACCUGCAAGGAGAUAAAUAAUAUACAAAGAAAUUUCUUCUGGAAUAAAGAUCAAGACAAACCCAAAGGUCUCUUCUACAUUUCUUGGGAUGCUGUCAACAAACCAAAAGGGCUAGGAGGUCUGGGCUUCAAAAACAUGGAAUACUUCAAUCUGGCUAUGAUUUCUAAAAUUGCUUGCAGAUUGAUAGAAGAACCACACUCUCUGUGGACCAGUACUAUGAAGGCUUCUCACUUCCCAAACAAGGAAGUCAUUAGAAUGGAAACAAAGUCAAAGAACACUGAUUCCUGGAUUUGGAAAGGAAUUUUAGAGGGCAUCACCUGCAUUCAAAAGUACUAUAUCUGGAAAAUAGGGGAUGGAACCAACAUACAUAUCUGGGAAGAUAGAUGGAUAGAAGAUCUACCUGACAUUCUCCAAAAACCUCUUCACUGCCCCUCCAACCUGAAAACUGUUAACCAACUCUUCAAUACCAUUGGGGAAUGGGAUCAUCACAUAAUUUCCCUCUGGUUUCCUCAACAUAUUCAACAACUCAUUCUCCAGACACAUCAUCACCCUAACUCUGUGGACACCAUCGAAUGGAGCUUAACUCAUACUAAAAAAUUCACAGUUAAAUCCCUUUAUGAUAAACAUAUUGAGGAUAAAUAUGCUGGAUAUACUCUUACAUCUCCAUGGGGAGAUAUUUGGAAAUUAGAUACAAACCCAGCCAUCCAACUAUUCAUAUGGAAAUGUGCUCAUGGAAUUCUACCAACAAACGCCAAGUCUGCUGGUAUCCUAACCUAUAUUGACCCUCUCUGUAAUAUCUGCAGGUGUGCAAAUGAAGACAUUACUCAUGUGCUCCUAUCUUGUCCUGCUGCUUCAGAUGUUUGGAGGAAUCUCUUUGGGGAGAAUCACCAGCUAUUUAUUAAUCACAGAUCUUUUCAUGACUGGUUUAAUAGUUGGUUUUCACCAGACAAUACCACAACCAGCUGGAACUCUUCUUAUGCUACCAUAUGCUGGUUUAUCUGGAAAGAUAGAUGUGACAAAGUUUUCAGACACAUUGAUCCUAAUGCUGCUGCUACUGCUUUGAAAAUCACUCAACUCCUUUGCUCUCAUGACAGGGUUCUGAACAAACCCAGUCAUAUCUUAAACAAUAUCUACUAUCAAGCUAACAGAGCUGACGAUAACUUGAGCACUCACACCAGAGGCAGACAGUUACAAGAAAAAUUUGGAAUCACUAUUAGCAUACAUAUUAUGGAAGCUUAUAAUAAUUUGGCUAAUGGCCAAUGCAUGGGAGCCAAAAAUGUUAAAGACCCAGCAAUGGACUCAGUAGAUCAAGCAGAGCCUGCAAAGGAGCUCAACUAG